AUGCAGUUUCAAGAAGAAACUAGAACCAAUCAGAAAAACACCACUGCCUCCCUAAAAAAUCUCGAAGUCCAAAUGCGUCAGAUAGCACAACAGUUAGCUUCAAAUUCUCAAGCCCCGAGCACCCUGCCCAUUGGUACAGUAACAAAUCCGUGGGAAUAUAACAAUGUUAACACUGUCGUAACCCGAAGUGGGAAGUCAACGGAAGAAAACAGUAUGGAGGAAGAUGGAUUGUUAGAAGUGGAUUUAGAAAUCAAGGAAACCAAGGACCAAGAUGAAGAAGUGCUACUGCCACUUGUCGAGGAGAAAGAAAAACUUGAAAUAAACAUCCCUCUUACUGAGGCAUUAGAACAAAUUCCAAUAUAUGCCAAGUUCAUGAAAGACAUCAUCUCCAAAAAGCGUUCCAUUGAUAUAGACUCGACCAUCCUGACUGAAACAUAUAGUGCCAUUCUUCAAGGUAUGAAAAUCCCAGUGAAAAAGGAAGAUAGGGGAUCGGUCACUAUACCAUGCACUAUUAGUGAUAGAAAAUUCAAGAAGGCUCUGAUUAACUUAGGAGCGAGUGUAAGCUUGAUGCCUCUAUCCAUCUACAAGAAAUUAGGAAUUGGCACCAUUCAAGAUACUCGAAUGACACUUCAGUUUGUUAAUCGCUCUGUUAGGCGACCCUAUGGGAUUGUGGAAGACGUUCUUGUAAAAAUUGACAAAUUUGUUUUCCCAGUUGACUUCGUCAUUCUGGAAAUGCCCGGAGAUGAGGAGAUUCCUCUCAUAUUGGGCAGACCAUUCUUGGAGACAGGACGAUAUGAUAUUGGCAUAAGCCACACUGUAGAGAUAAUAGAUCAGGUAAUUGCUCAAGAAAUUGAAAAGCAAAUGCCCCAAUCAUCGUUAGAACAUGUCUUGAGUCUAUCGAUUUUUGAAAGUGAUGAAGAUGAGGGUGAUUUUGAGGUGCUCGCUAUGAUGGGAAAACAAUUUGAAUGGGUUAGAUCUAAACCACACCGGCGGGAAGAUUUAAUACCACCGCCACUAUCAGAUAUCACUAAAGAACCCAAAAUAGGGGUAAAUCUGAAGCAGCUACCAGCAAAUCUGAAGUACGUAUUUCUAGAUACUGAGAAAAAAUGCCCAGCUAUUAUCAAUGCCAGUCUACAAAGUGUCCAAGAAGUAGAACUCAUUCAAGUGCUAAAAAAAUACAAGGACGCAAUUGGAUGGGCAAUUGAGGAUUUGAAAGGAUACAAUCAGAUUGCGGUUACCCCUGAAGAUCAAGAGAAGACUACUUUCACAUGCCCCUAUGGUGUUUUCGCUUACAGAAGAAUGUCAUUUGGGUUGUGCAACAUACCUGCCACUUUUCAAAGAAAUAUGCCAGAAAACAAAUUUGAUCCUGAAUUGGAAAAAGUGUCAUUUCAUGGUACGUGA